AAUAAAGAUAUUACCGAGAUUGCACCCAUGGAAAUGUCUUCACCUGCUCGUUUGGGUCAACUGAAAGGCGCCCUUCUUUACUCCCCCAACGACCCCAACUCAACUUCAACCCCCGCCCUCUCUUUAUUCAUGAUCUAAGCCAAAGCCAAAACGACUCUCCAUCUUAUUUUAUUUUUUUAUCGUUCCCAUCGUAAUGUUAAAAUAACAAAGUCUUUUUUUUUCCCUUUUGUUGGAGCCUCCUUCACCAACCCUACCGCUCGCCCUGUCCGGUCUCUCAUCCUUUGAUCUUUGUCUAUGGCAACCAUUUCCAAGCUUUCUAACCCCAACCCAGCCGUUUCUCUUUCAUCAUCUUUCAAACCCAGAUCUUCUUCAUCGCUUAAAUGCUUCGUUCGGUUCCCUGCCACGGCUGCUUUUAACUCUAAGCUGGUUUCAUCUUCUAGCUUGUCCUUCCCAAACCACAAUCCUUUCAGGGACUCCUUGGUUGUCAGAUGUUCUCUUGUUGAUGGAAACGGUAGUUCAGUAAAGAGGACUACUUUACAUGAUCUGUAUGAAAAAGAAGGGCAGAGUCCAUGGUAUGACAACCUUUGUAGGCCAGUGACCGAUUUGCUGCCACUGAUUGCGAAUGGGGUUAGAGGUGUAACUAGCAACCCAGCGAUUUUCCAGAAAGCUAUAUCGUCAUCAAAUGCUUACAAUGAUCAAUUCAGGGAACUUAUACAGACUGGAAAAGAUAUUGAAAGUGCAUAUUGGGAGUUAGUGGUGAAGGACAUUCAAGAUGCGUGCAAACUUUUUGAGCCAAUCUAUGAGCAAACAGAUGGAGGUGAUGGUUAUGUUUCUGUCGAGGUUUCUCCCAGACUUGCUGAUGAUACUGAAGGGACCAUUGAAGCAGCCAAAUAUCUUCAUAAAGUGGUUGAUCGUCCCAAUGUGUACAUUAAGAUUCCUGCAACAGCACCAUGCAUUCCUUCAAUCAAGGAAGUUAUUGCAAAGGGCAUAAGCGUGAAUGUCACUCUCAUAUUUUCACUUGCUAGAUAUGAAGCUGUCAUUGAUUCUUACCUGGAUGGCCUUGAGGCUUCCGGGCGGAGUGAUCUCUCUAGGGUUACAAGUGUAGCUUCCUUCUUUGUCAGUCGGGUAGACACCCUUAUUGAUAAAAUGCUUGAAAAGAUUGGAACACCAGAGGCCCUUGAUCUCCGAGGAAAGGCUGCCGUAGCUCAAUCAGCUCUAGCAUAUCAGCUCUACCGGAAGAAAUUCUCUGGUCCAAGAUGGGAGGCUUUGGUGAAGAAGGGUGCUAAGAAACAGAGGUUGCUGUGGGCCUCAACUAGUGUCAAGAACCCUGCCUACCCUGACACUCUAUAUGUCGCUCCUCUUAUUGGACCUGACACAGUUUCAACCAUGCCUGACCAAGCACUCCAAGCCUUCAUAGAUCAUGGCACUGUUUCAAGGACAAUUGACACAAACGUGUCUGAAGCUGAAGGCAUCUAUAGUGCACUUGAGAAGUUGGGGAUUGACUGGGGCUAUGUCGGCUCUCAGCUUGAGGAUGAGGGGGUGGAGUCCUUCAAGAAGAGCUUUGACAGCCUUCUUGACACCCUGCAAGAGAAGGCAAACUCUCUUAAAUUGAUUAGCCUGUAAAGCAUUUGUGAUAUGCUUGUUUUGCUGUCACCGCAACCAAAUAAAAGAAGCGGGUCUUGGUUCCUGCUUGUAAAGUUAGUUGGUGAGCGUUUUAUAAGAUGUUGAAUAUCAUGUACCUUAACAUAAAGGGUUUAGUGCUUGUUUAUGGAAAUUUCAUUUUGUGCUUA